CUAUCGAUUCCUUUUUCCCUCGCCACAAACAAGCUCUGGCUAUGGCGGCUUCUUCCGAAUCCGGAUGUAGCAGCAAAGUCAGAUGUUAUUACGAAACUCGAGUUUUCACACCUGAGAACGUCGACGAUGAAGACCCAGAUUCCUCCUUUAAAGCAGCCCACCCCAUCGCCGCCGCAGCAGCAUCUCCAGGUACGGCAUCCUCUUCAUCCGUUUUGUUCAAGGUGCAGAGCAUCCUGAGAUUAAGCGUGGCAGGAGGAAAUCCUAUGACGGAGUUCCUGGAGGAGAAUGAUUGGCGGGAAGCAAGGCAGUCAUCCCUUGAGCUUCCUUGCUCUAAAGACGGAAUCAUUAUAGAUGAUAAGGAUAAUCUAAAAAUAAUAUCUGAAGCGCUUACCGCCCUUAGGGUUCUCAAAGUCUCUCACCAGUCGAUUAUGGACCAACUUCGCCAGGGGGCUGCUUCUCUGGGGUUAUCUCCCAAGUUCGUGGUGGAAAUCUGCGAGGUGACCCACGUCACACUCCCCCUUAUAGACGAAGAAGGAAAACGAUUCAUGGAAGAAGGUGAAACAGUCCUCAUUCCUCAUAAUGGUGAUGAUGAAGGCGAAUCAGUCCUCAUUCCUGAGAAUGGUGAUGAUGAAGGCCAAGCAGUCCUCAUUCCUGAUAAUGAUUAUGAGGAAAAGAAAAAAAAAAGAAGAACUUGAAUCUCUAUUUGCUCUCAAGAUAUUAAUUUUGGACCUAGGAGACAUUAAUGAGAAUGAUGAGGCAGCCAAAAUAAAUGAUUGGUUCUCAA